CCACACUUGCACCAUCACCGCCUUCCAAGACGUGUAGCGGCAGGAAGAGCGGCACUAAAACCUGGACUUGUUAUCACAGUGAGACUUCUGGAACUGUUUGUGUACGUGAGAAUUGAGGAUGCCGCGUCCUUCACGUGAGAGUUACGGGGACCAGAAGCCGCCGUACUCGUACAUAUCCCUGACCGCCAUGGCCAUCUGGGGCAGCCCGGAAAAGAUGUGUACACUGGCGGAGAUCUACAAGUUUAUUAUGGACAACUUCCCCUACUACCGCAAGAACACUCAGCGGUGGCAGAACUCGCUGCGACACAACCUCUCCUUCAACGACUGCUUCAUCAAGAUCCCCCGUCGCCCCGACAGGCCCGGCAAGGGCGCCUACUGGACCUUGCACCCGUCCGCCAUGAACAUGUUCGAGAACGGCAGCUUCCUCCGCCGCAGGAAGCGCUUCAAGAUCCCCAAGGACGAUAAGGACGCCAUCGAGACUGGCAUGACGUCCUUCGGUGGUGAAGUACAGCGGCAGGAGGAGGCGGGGGCGGGCAUGGUGGUGCCCCGUGACCUGGGCCACAUCGUGCAGGAGCUGGGUCACCACCUGGCCCACCUGCAGCCCCUGGCUGCCCCAUCCCCACCUAAGCGCCAGGCCUUCACUAUAGAGAACCUGGCUACCAGCGACGCCCGCCCCACGCCCGAACCCGCAGCCAUGCAACCCUACCUGCAGCCCAUGGGCGUGGCUCAUCAUCAUGCCCACCCCCAUCACGCCCACCAGCCAGGCAUGGGCGGGGUUAACUGUGCCUCAUGUCCCACCUGUGUUCCGCCUCCACUACCUCACCUGUACGAGUACUCAGCAGCAUUAGCCAUGAAUCUGGUGGCUCCCACUCCCGUCUACCCCACGCCUCUCGUCCACGCCCUCCAGCAGCAGCCACGCCCACUCUACGACCACGCCCUCAACCUAUACGAUGCCAUGCACUCCCUCGCCAAGCUGGAGCAGCCCAAGUACGACCACAACCAACCUAUUGACCUGUCGUCCACCAUGGCCAAGCCGCCGUCGGGAGACAAAGAAAACACCUACAGGUUCUCCCCGCCCGUGAGGACAGUAUGAUAGGUCACGACCCCUGGCACCCAUAACCUCUGACUUCGUCGCCGGAUGUGUCAACGCCCCCUGUGAUAGCUGCUCAUGUAUAGUCCAUAAUGUAUACGCCAACAGCCGCUUAUGUAUAGA